AUGGCGUCUGAAAUCUUCAAUGACAAGAACGCUGUUUUCAGAAAACUGAAAGCAAAGUCAGAAAACAAGAUGUGUUUCGAUUGCAAUGCAAAGAACCCAACCUGGGCCUCGGUUACAUAUGGGAUCUUUCUCUGCAUCGAUUGCUCGGCCGCUCACCGCAGUCUCGGCGUUCACAUCAGCUUUGUUAGAUCCACAAAUUUAGACUCAUGGACUCCUGAACAGCUUAGAACGAUGAGCUUCGGUGGAAACAACCGCGCACAGGUUUUCUUUAAGCAGCAUGGAUGGACGGAUGGAGGCAAAAUUGAGGCAAAAUAUACAUCAAGAGCUGCCGAUUUAUACAGGCAGAUGCUUUCUAAAGAAGUUGCCAAAAGUAUGGCAGAAGAGGCAGGUCUUCCGUCAUCACCUGUUGCAUCUCAGUCAGGACAAGCAUCUAAUGGGCUUCCUGAUGUCAAGACCAGUGAAGCUCCAAAAGAAACAUCUUUAGCAACGAAAGAAACCCCUGAAGUCUCUGCUCCCCCGAAAGCCCCCCAUACAUUUGUUACCAGUACUGUCAAGAAGCCUCUUGGUGCUAAGAAAACUGGGAAGACUGGGGGGCUUGGUGCUCGCAAACUUACUACAAAGUCAAGUGAAAGCCUGUACGAUCAGAAACCCGAAGAACCUGUUAUACCAGUGCCUUCCUCAACUAACAGCACUCCAACAACAGCUGGCUCGUCCUUUGCAUCUCGUUUUGAGUAUGUAGAAAUUGUCCAAAAUCCUGAGACGAAUCCCAAUGGCGCUCAUGUAAUUAGUCAUAUUGCUCCACCAAAGUCAUCAAAUUUCUUUGCGGAUUUUGGAAUGGACAGUAGUUUUCCCAAGAGAACUAGUUCAAAUUCCUCCAAAGUUCAAAUUCAGGAAACUGAUGAAGCGAGGAAGAAAUUCACAAAUGCAAAAUCGAUCUCUUCCGCACAAUUUUUUGGUGAUCAGAACAAAUCUGCUGAUGUUGAUGCUCAAGCCUCCUUGCAGAAGUUCUCGGGUUCCGCCGCCAUCUCUAGUGCUGAUCUAUUUGGUGACAGGGAUGAUAAUUUGCCCCUUGAUCUUACUGCAAGUGACCUUAUCAACCGACUGUCUUUUCAGGCACAACAGGAUAUCUCUUCCCUAAAAAACAUUGCGGGAGAGACCGGGAAGAAGCUUAGCUCCUUGGCAUCCAAUUUAAUGACGGAUCUUCAGGACAGAAUCCUCUAA